GUCAAGCUUCGAUUGGUUUUCUUCUUUUUCGGCAGCUUCGUCCUCCAGGUUCGACAUCGAAAAAAGACCCAACCCGCUUAGGAGGCCCGCCCAGCCGCCCAGCCCCCACGUAGCCGCCUAGCGCCCGCCUAGCACCUCCUAGCCGCCUAGCGCCCGCCUAGCCCCACAUCGCCGGCUUGUUGCAGAUUUUGACGGAGAAAAUUCUGAUAGCGGAGACAGCAGAGCCAUAGAAUUGGACCAUAUUCAGGAGGAAAUUGAGGAGGUGUCUGCCGUUCCGAAAGUGAAGGAGAAGAAGAAGAGCAGAAAUGCUUUGAGUAAGGGGACGGAAGGUGAAGAGGUCCGAGCUAUGCAGGUCUGCUUGCUUUUGAAAGGAGGCAUUGCAAAAACUAGGAUUUUACUCGGGUGAGGAAGACAUGGAGUUUUCCAGCUUCUCAAGCGGGACCGAACGUGCUGUCAAGACUUGGCAAGCCUCCUUAGACGCCCCUCAAGAUGGCAUAGCGACUGCAGAACUUGAACAAUUAUAUACGGUGGCACAAAUUGAGGGUAUGGAUAACAAAGGGAGUACUCUGACUGCUACACAAAAGGUGGACAACUUUAUUCAUGCAGACAUGCAUCCUGGAAAUAUCCCUGUUCGGCUGGCUCAAAGCAAGUCUUCCCGGAAGCGACUCUUCAAAACAAAGCCUCAUGUCAUUUUCCUUGACUUAGGCACGACUGCUGAACUCUCUAAAAGUGAUAAGAGUGAUUUCAAGGCUGUUGCUCUUCGUGAUGGGCGUACUGCUGCUGAGUGCACACUCAAACUAUCCAAGCAACACAAGUGCCCAGAUCCAAAGGCUUUCAUUGAGCAAGUCGAGGAGGCAUUUGCUUACUGGGGUACUCCAGAAGGUGAUCUGGUCCAUCCUGCUGAGUAUAUGCAGCAGUUACUCUAGAAAGUUAGGCGUCAUAGAGUCAAUGUCUGUGCUUUCAUGGUAACCACUUGGGCUCUUGAGGUAAUUUCCUUUUCCUUUAUCUACUGCAGCUGAAGCAUGCAAAUUCUCUUAUGAAUUUCUGUAAUCUUUGCAGAUUUAAAUUAAUUGUCUCAGAAAAACGAAUAUGAUCGUUUUUUGUAUUAUAAUAGGUUUACCAUGAGUAGCCGAAAUAGACAAUAACUGAUCUUACACAAAUCUGAGAGGCAAUUUGCUCCAAUUUAUAUUAUCAUUGGUGUGGUCAUCAA